AUGGACGUCAUUCAGAAAACCCCACCAUCCCACCUUGAGGAGGCGGCGCUGAUCCCGCCAAGCUUGUGUACCAACCAAAAUUCCACGGAGCCAGGAGAACCGUUUUAUCGAUACACAAGGGCUUCCGUUCGCAACUUCAACACAAUCAUCGUCGCCAUGGCUUCUCAAUCUCCCUUCACUGUCAAAUGGGGCAUUCUCGCCACUGGCGGAAUCGCCGAGACAUUCUGCAGAGAUCUGCUCUGCGACCCCGCCGUCCGCGAUGUCCACGAUGUCCGCCACGAGAUUGCUGCCGUUGCCUCGUCGAGCUCCGCCGACCGCGCCGCCAGCUUCAUCGAAAAGAUCAAGGGGCCCUCUACCGCCAAGACCUACGGCUCGUACGCUGAGCUCGUCGCGGACCCCAAUGUCGACAUCAUCUACGUUGCCACCCCCCACAGCCACCACUUCCAAAACGCCAUGCUCGCACUCGAGGCUGGCAAGAAUGUCUUGUGCGAAAAGGCGCUUACCGUCACUGCGGCCCAGACCAAGAAGCUCGUCGCCAAGGCCAAAGAGAAGAACCUCUUCCUGAUGGAGGCUGUGUGGACGCGCUACUUUCCUCUCAGCAUCAAGAUCCGCGAGCUGAUUACCUCUGGCGCCAUUGGCAGGGUUCACCGCACCACUGCUGAUCUUGCUUUUGCGGAUGGUCAGGACGACGGCUCCGUCAAGUACCCCGACACCAACCGCAUGGUCAACCUGGAUCUCGCCGGCGGUGCGCUCCUCGAUCUCGGUAUCUACGCCCUCACCUGGGUCUUCCAGACACUGUACCACCUCCAAAAGGACAAGGAGUCUCCCAACGUCCUCGCCGCCAUCGACCAGUACCGCACCGGUGCCGACGAGACGACGAGCAUCAUGUGCCACUUCCCCAAGAACAAGAUGACCGGUAUCGCGACCACAUCGAUCAAGGUAGCCACUGACCCCAACGGCCUCAACUCGGCCGGCCCCGCGAUCCGCAUCCAGGGCACCAAGGGCGAGAUCCAAGUUUUUGGUCCCGCGUUCCGCCCCACGCAGUACAAGGUCAUCCGCGAAGGCGACAGCAACGUCGACAUUGUCGACUGCCCCAUCCCCAAGGACCCCAAGGUUGACUACGGCCAUGGCAUGUUCUGGGAGGCAGACGAGUGCGCGCGUUGUCUGCGUGACGGCCGCAAGGAGAGCGAGACUCUGCCCUUGAGCGAGAGCAUUGCCAUCAUGGAGACGAUGGACUCUGCGCUUCAGCAGGGCAAUGUCAAGUACCCUGAGCUGAUUUCUACGGAUAUCUACGACCCCAAGAGUCCUCUCAAUGCUGGCAACCGGUAG